AUGACUGGUACUCCUACAAGCCGACAGAACUCUGUCCCUCCCAGGCCGGACCGGGAGUCCUUUGAUUCCGAUAGUCCCCAUGCUGAGCAUGUAGAGGUGUCUCAUGCCCCGGAAACUAGAACCGAUAUUGGAUUGAAUGAUCUUGGAACAUUUAGCUCAAGAGCUGCCGGUCCCUCGAGCAUAACUAGACGUACCAACAUCCUUGCCGAUCCGCGUGCGGCCCUCCCCGGGUUCACCUGGAGUUUUGGACAAUCAGACAGUCAACAGUCACAUGAGGUUCCUAAUACCUCUUCUGAUGCAAAGGCGACGGCAGAUCCGUCCCAUGGCAUACCUUUUGAUCCGAAAUACAUGACUAUCAACAUCUCAUUCGGACAUACCAUGCCAGCUCCCCGUUGGGUACUGGAGCCGAGAGCAACACCCAGGCGCCUGUCUAUUCCCCAAGCCUCGGCUGUCGCUGAACUAGAAUGGGUAUUUGAUGUCGGACCAUACACGCAUCUGACUGCCUUAAAGGACACUUGGUUGAGCGAGUAUGCGUAUCGGACUCUUGAAAGCGCCUUGGACGAUCCGAUCCAGAGACAACACAUCAGGAACAACAUAUGGGCUAGGGACGAUGAUGAGUACUGGACAAUCGAAGACCCUAUACCACCACUCCCGUCUGUGCCAAAUACCCUCGAUGUGACUCAACAGAGGGAGGGUCUGACUCCCGGCAGUGUUAAUGAAAGACUGCUCCACUACCCAAACUACGAACGUCCAUCACUGGCAAAGCGAUGUCUCGUCGAACCACCCGAUCCCGAGAAUCAAGAAAGUGGAGGUGGCACUGACGAGGAAGGCGCGCCUCGCACUCCGUCUGUUUCCAGCGGAACCGAUGAUAGCUCGCCCGAUGGUAAGAAGCUGCCCAUCUUCAAUACUCCGGAUUGA